AGGCACCAGCCCUUUAAACCCCUCACCCAGCCAGCGCCCUGUCCUGUCAGUCCAAGCCCCAGAUACUGCAAGCUCACUCCUUCCUGAUAGCCUGAGGAAACCGUCUCUCCUCAGCAUGGCCAACAAAGGUCCUUCCUAUGGCAUGAGCCGAGAAGUGCAGUCCAAAAUUGAGAAGAAGUACGAUGAGGACCUGGAAGAGCGGCUGGUGGAGUGGAUUGUGAUGCAGUGUGGUCCUGAUGUGGGCCGUCCAGACCGUGGGCGCCUGGGCUUCCAGGUCUGGCUGAAGAAUGGUGUGAUUCUGAGCAAGCUGGUGAACAGCCUCUAUCCUGAUGGUUCCAAGCCGGUGAAGGUGCCUGAGAACCCCCCCUCCAUGGUCUUCAAGCAGAUGGAGCAGGUGGCUCAGUUCCUGAAGGCUGCCGAGGACUAUGGGGUCACCAAGACUGACAUGUUCCAGACUGUUGACCUCUUUGAAGGCAAAGACAUGGCAGCAGUACAGAGGACCCUCAUGGCUUUGGGCAGCUUGGCAGUGACUAAGAAUGAUGGGCACUACCGUGGAGAUCCCAACUGGUUUAUGAAGAAGGCCCAGGAGCACAAGCGGGAAUUCACAGAGAGCCAGCUGCAGGAGGGCAAGCAUGUCAUCGGCCUACAGAUGGGCAGCAACAGGGGGGCCUCCCAGGCCGGCAUGACAGGCUACGGCCGACCUCGGCAGAUCAUCAGCUAGAGGGUGAAGGGCCAGCCCUGAGCCCUGCCCUUCCCCAGCUCAUUGGCUGCAGCCCUGCCGCCUAGCCCGCCUCCCCCACACCUGUGUAGUUCCUGUAGCCUUGGCCAAGCUUUGAGGCUCUGUCACUCAGCAAAGGUGACUGCACAUGGGCAGCUGUCCCCCACCCCUCAGUCCAACUCCUUACCCCGUCGCACCACUGCGCUGGCCAGCCCCUCUCCCAGCCUCUGCCCUCUUCAUCUCUGCCCACCCCAGGCUAAGCCAGGGGGACAAGGGCUUGGGGUAGCCCAGGUGUGGGCCAAGUCCACUGUCCUCCUUGGCAGCAAAUAUCCAUUGAAAGAGACCCAGCCCAACUUCCCCACUUCUUCCCACCUAUAUUUUUUUGCUGGAAUAUUUUUUGGGGGAUGAAAUUCAAAACGGGGGAAAAAAAAAUACAUCAAUCUUUUCUCAGGCCUGGCUGGCAGA